CCCGGAAGCAGAUAGUGCGCGGCUGACCUUUGCGUGGUGACGUCAGCUGGUGCUCCUGGAAGCGAUCAGCCGCUUGGUCCCCGAGAACGGACAGGAAGUGAGGGAGACAGUGACAACGUACCGGCUCCGGCGGGCUGUCAUCACCAGGGGCUCGGAAAGAGGGAAACCAGGGAUCAGACCUAGAGUACAAAUCUAAACAUACCAGAGAAAGUGCCAACCAGGGUAGAUAUCCAUUAUACCCAGCAUCAUCCAUAGUGGGCAUUGAGUAACUAAUGGUAAACAUGGAUUAAAGCAGAGGCUGGCAGCCUUCAGCAAUCCAGAUGUUGUGGACUACAUCGCCUCUGGGGCUUAUCCUGCAUUAGACCUGUAGAGCAUUAUGGGAGAUGUAGUCCACAACGUCUGAAGUGCCAAACCUUGCCUACCCCUGAUUUAAACUGUAUAUGUUAGCAUUAUCAAUCUGCUGUCACACUCCUGCUUGUCAAAGGUGUUCAUUUGUGACCGCAGUGCUUUGUGUGUGCUUGUCUAAUCUUGCCAUGUAGCAGGGUGGCUUUCCGUAAUAAGGGUGCACAAUUAAAGGACCACUAUAGGCACCCAGACCACUUCCGCUUAAUGAAGUGGUCUGGGUGCCAGGUCCCUCUAGGGUUAACCCUGCCUGCUGUAAUCAUAGCAGUUUCAGAGAAACUGCUAUGUUUACAUUAGGGUUAAAACAGCCUCUAGUGGCUGUCUCAUUGACAGCUGCUAGAGGCGCUAGUGAGAAGACGCCAGCGUCUAUAGGAACGCAUUGAGAAUGCUUUACUAUGGACUGGCAGAAUGCGCGCGCGGCUCUUGAUGCGCAUUCAGCCGAUGACGACUGAAGGAGGAGGAGAGUCCCCAGUGCCGAGGGAGCCUUGCGCUGGAGAAAGGUGAGCGGCACUCUAGUGCCAGGAAAACAAGUUUGUUGUCCUGGUACUAUAGUGGUCCUUUAAUUCAGAAUAUGAUGUGUAGAAACAUAUCUGCAAGAGGGGGGUAACAGAGGAUAAAAAUGCAGCUUUGACCAUCAGCUGCAUUGCAGAAUGUGUGUGCUUCCCUAUUGUAAUCACUUCACUUCCAGGGAAACAAAUCCUUUCUGCUAUGAAUGUAAGAUAAAUUUUUUUCCCCCCCUGCAUUUUAGACUCGGCACUAUGUCAGGAACCGGCAAUAAGAGAACUGCAGGGGAUAAUGUCAGUUCCUCAGCACCCCCAGAAAAGAAGGCUGCAGUUGAGGACUCGGGGACCACAGUGGAGACCAUUAAACUUGGCGGUGUUUCAUCUACGGUAACUACAACAGCAAAUAAAACUUUCUUGCACACAAAAUUCCAGAAAAGGUUUAAAACUUAGCAUUUAUUGUGAUUUUGUGACCUUAUUCAUUGUGUAAAAAAUAAAUAAAAAAAAACAAUAUCUUGAUUAGUCUUUUAGUUAAAAAUGAUAAUGAUCCUACAGCUGUAGUUUAGGGGAUGAAUAGGGACAAAACGAAUGAUAUAGAGUGUUUAAAUCAAAAGAGAGAGAAUGAUACAGAAAACAGAAAUUUUACUUACAGUAUAUUCUUUUUUUUUUUUUUUUUUGUUAAUAUAGUGGCUGUACCAGAGGGGUUGUAUAUAUUCUUAGGGACAAACAGACAAAAAAAAAAUGUAAAUAAUACCUCCUCCUUCCCCUUUAAAUACUUGCUUCAAGCCCAGGAACCUCGGUCUAUGAAAAGAAACCACCAAAAACCAUGCCAUGCUCAAUAUAAAUUUACUAUCAAAAUAUUGAAGGAAAUUGUAGUGCCACUAUAUUAAGGGGGAAAAAAUUUAAUAGGACUUGAAUUUCCCCAAUCCCCUUGGCUGAGGUAAUUUCUAUUAGGAACAACGUCUUGAGAAAUAGCAACUUAAGUGACACAUUCUCUAGCGGUUCAAAACAAUCUUCACAUAAAGACUAAAGUACCAACGAGAAGUCCCAUGAUGGGAACUGAAACUUGCGAGGAGGUCUUUUCAGCAAAAUAGCCUUAAACACCUAAUCAACAGACAAGAAGCAAAAUCCUUAAGUAAAUAAUGGCUAAGAGCCGCUAUACCUUCAAGAUAGAAACACUGAGACCGGUUUCAAAUCCCUCUUGCAAAAACUGGAGAAUAAUUCUGACAGAUGGUUCACACUGAAUGUACUCAUUACAAAUGCACCAAUGGAGAAACUUGCUCCUUAUUCUAAGGUUGAUCUUCAAAGUUGAUUUUCUAGUAGAGUUUAGAAUGACAUUAAACAAACUUUCCGGUAUACCUUUACUUUGCAAAAUUAGCAUUGCAACAGCCAAACCAUCAAUUUGAACAUAUGAAGUGUCAUUUCUAGAAGAAUAACGUUCUCCAAUAGAUGUUCUAGUGCCAUUUGUUUUAAUGCUGAGAACCAACUCCUGGUCUCUUCUGUUUGAAGAACUAAAAAAAGUCUAAAAAAGCGAAGCGAACACAGGAACUUUCGUGUUCAAUCUUUUUGCUAUGAGGUCUUUCACAGGCAGACCGAGUCUUUCCACUAUUUUGGAAAACCACUGAUUCCUGCUGAGGUUGUCUGCGACAAUAUUUUUUGUCUUUUUAUGUGGACUGCAGAGAGGAAACAUAGAUUUCCUUGUGACCACAUCAUUAUUUUGCCAAUGAGAAUAUGAAGAUCUUUGAUCCUUGUUCCGCCUUGACGAUUGAUAUAGGCUACUGUAGUGCUGUUAUCUGAUUGGAUUUUCACUGUUCUUUUCAAAAUCCAGAACUUGAAUGCUUUUAGGGCAUACCAAACUGCCAAGAGUUCUCUGUAAUUGGUCAAGUGAUUUGCUUCCUCUUGAUUCCAGAGACCCUGACUGAACUGAGACAGUAGAUGCUCUCCCCAUUCUUGUUUUCGUCUUUCGCAUUCAUUACUAUUCAUUCUUGCUGAUGGAACGGAAAACCCAUCGUCCAGAAUCUUGACUGCUUCCACCGAUUUAACUUAUCCCGGACUGGUAACGACAGGCAGAAUUCCAGCUCCAGAUCUUUGCCCCUUCUUGUCCAAUGCGCUAAGAUCUCCCAUUGUAGUGGCCUCAUUGCUUUUGCCCAUUUGGCGGCUGGAAUCGAAGAUGUAAGGGUUCCUAGAAUACUCAUUGCUUUCCUUAUAGUGCACUUUACUUCUUGUUGGAGGAAAAAAAAAUUCCCUUAUGAUCUUUUUAGAAGCGGCGAUGCAGUGAUAAUAUUUUGGAAUCCAUGGAUCUUUAACCCCUUAAGGACACAUGACAUGUUUGACAUGUCAUGAUUCCCUUUUAUUCCAGAAGUUUGGUCCUUAAGGGGUUAAAGUUAGUUGAAGCUGUGACUUUUUUAGAUUGAUGAUCCAACCAUGUUUCCUGAGAAGAUGCAUUGUGACGUGAAUGUGUCUUCUUCCAACUGUCUCCUUGAUCCUGCUUUGAUGAGCCAAUCGUCUAAAUAAAGCACCACCGAUACCCCUUUCUCUCGCAGACUUGCAGCCAGUGGUCUGAGAAGUUUAGUAAAUUUUUUUGGUGCUGAUGCGAGACCAAAGGGCCUUGAUUUGGAAAUAGAGUAUUGUUUCGGCUAAAAGAGCAUCUCUUUUCUUUAGUGCAGGAUAGGAUGUCAGAAGGAAGCAUGGUCUUGACUUACUUGAAAAGCUGAUCAUUUUUUAAUCACACCUAAAAUUCAUGGGUUUGCAGUUGUACUCUUCCAUCCUUUGAAAAAUAGUUGCAGACAACCUCCUACUUUCUCGUCAGAAUAUCUUCUUAUCUUGCCUGUUUAGAGGUCUUGUUAUUAAAUUUAUUGUUUAUCUGUUAGGCUUCAAGAAAAAACUAUUCGUAUCAUUCCUCAUAGCUCUUUGAGGACGGUAUUGAAAUCUUCUGGAACCAGAUGCAUAUGUUUUUUUGUGGCAAUGCUUUUUUUUGUGAAACCAGGGGGCUGCACUCACCUGAAAAUACAUAAAUGGGGUGCUGGAGGGGGCCAAAUUAUACAAUACAGAAGAUCCAGCACACUCACAUAUCCACUAAACAGCAACUUCAAUGCUGACAGAUUUUUUUUUUUUUUACCCCUUAGUGACUAGAGCGUUUUUUAAAUUUUCUUACCGUUAAGGACCAGGCCUCUUUUUACAUUUCUGUGGUGUUUGUGUUUACUCAUUUACUGUACCCACACAUAAUAUAUACAGUUUUCCUCGCCAUUAAAUUGUCUUUCUAAAGAUACCAUUAUUUCAUCAUAUCAUAUAUAAAAAAAAAAGUGGGGAAAAAAUACACGUUUUCUAACUUUGUACAUUUUGUCCUGAGUUUAAAAAAUGCCCAAUGUUAACAUGUUCCUAGCUUUUUUUCGGAAAGUUAUAAGGCUAUAACUACAAGUCACUUUGCUAUUUGCCAACCAUUUUUUGUUCAAAAUUAACGAACGUUUCAUUGUAAUACUGAUAUAACCCUUCACAUGUAUAUAUUUUUUUAAAAGAAGACAACCUAAGGUAUAAAACAACCUAAGGUAUAUUUCUGACACACAUAGCAAUUUAAGAAUACAUGUACUGAGAACUUUAAUGGUUACUCCCAAAGAAAACCCCAAUAUGUGUUCAGCAACAACCACCCAUUCAUAGGUGUGUCAGGUUCUAUGGGGGCUAAAAGACCUUACUUGGAGGUUGCGCAUUCCAGUUUUCCAACUUGGAAUUUUCCCAGCUGGUCAUCAUGAACCCAUUUGCUAUUUGGGACAUUUUUGAAGCAGGCCAAUGUAAUUUACCUACAUCAAACCAUAUAUUUUUGAAAAGUAGUCACCCUAGGGCAUUUCAAAUGGUGGUAUUUUAACACUUUCCAUGCACUAAUUCUACCACCAGUCUUUGUCAACCUUUUGGGUAGACAUUUUUUUUUUAUUUUCACACACAUUGUACUUUAGGCAUGGAUUCUCAGCUCCUGUUAUGUAUUACUGCCAAAGAACACCACAAUAUGUGUUCAGCAACAUCUCCCGAGUACAACAGUGCCCCCAAUAUACAGGUUUUAUGUGUUUUUGCAAACUUACAGGGGUCAAAUGUAGGGCUUUUCCAUUUUCCAUGUUUGCACAUUGAAAUUUGCCAAAUUUGUUUGCUGUUGCCUUUGAGACCGUAUAGCAGCAGGAAUGAAGCGUAACCCCAUCAUGACAACCAUUUGUAAAAGUAGACAACCCACGGUAUUAAAAAUAGGGUGUUGUGUGUGUGUGUGUGUAUAUGUGUGUGUGUGUGUAUAUAUAUAUAUAUAUAUAUAUAUAUGUGUGUGUGUAUGUUCUUUUUUUUAUUUAUUUUUUUAUUUUAUUUUAACUGAGUUCCUUAAUCCCUCGAGGCACUCAUUACAGGCAGAACCUAGGAAGCCUGCCUGAUGGCUUCCUAAGCUCUGCCUCACUGCCGGUCCCCACGUGGAGCAAUCCAGAAGUGAUCGCUCCAGGCGGAGCGGCCACCGGCAGUGAGGGGGGUAUUGCAGCAAUACCUCGACAUCGAGGCAUUGCUGUAAUACCAUUAGAGGGGUUAAAAACGACUAAUCUAGGCAAAAAUAAUGGGGAUUUAGUGAUAUUAGAUGCUUCUUUUUUUUUUUUUCUGUCCGACAAAUGUUUUAUCGUUUCCUCCAAUGGCGAUCCAAACAACUUUUCCACUUUCUAUUGGUAAUUCACAUAGGUAAGCUUUCAAAGCUGUAUCCGACGACCAUGAAUGGAGCCACAUUGCUCUUCUGGUUAAAGAUGCUAGCCCCAUCGUGUGUGCUGACAAUUUAAAAUUUUCCUCUGACAUUUUAAGCAUAAAUUCAUUUGCUGAACUGAUAUUAUGCAAAAGUUGAGGAAUUUCUAUUUCUGCACCUUCAAGCAGACGACUUUCAAUCACUUGAAGCCAUACUUUUUGAGCCUUCAUGAGAGACACCUGCUACCGAGACCUUACUCUGAAAAUCUGCUGCUUGGAACAUCCUCCUACAGAAUGCUUCCGGUUUUCUAUCCAUGGGAUUCUUUAGGCCCAAUACCUCACUGAUCGCCAGGGUAGGUUUUUGAGAUCGUUGUGCGACCUGUGUGUGUCUACUUUAGGUAGAUCUUCCCAGCUCAACUCUUAUUGCAAUCAAAAUAAUACUUUCAAAUGCUUGGAGAUGAAAGUUGUUUUUUUUUCUGGAUUCUUCCAUUCCCUGUAAACUAGCUCCAUCAGUUUACGUUCUAUUGGCAAACCUCUGAUCUUUUUUGUCUUUGAAUCAUCGGCUAACCUCGCUGUAAUUUCCUUGGUGAACCUUCUCAGUUCCUCAGUAGGAAAGCCUUCCUCCACACUCAAAGCUUAACUGGCGAGUGAUGAGUAUGAUGUGUCCGAGCAUUCUUCAGAUGAUAAUUUCUGGAAUACUUCUCCCAUGUCAGCGUAUGCACUCAAGAUGUCGCUUUAAAAGACUCAAAAGUUUGCUAUAGGUUGUACUGGAACACUGUGGAGGAAAUUCUGCACAUCCUUUUGUUUAUUUUUUUCUAAACUUUCCACAAAACCACUGUUACACAACUUUUUUACUCCAUCCAUCUGGCAGUGGAGUAGCGCAUUCAGCACAGGCAUUAUGCUUGGAUUUAAACGCAACUUUUUCGGUGCAUGUACAGUCUUUCUCUCCUUUUCUAAAUCCUUAGGAGAUAUUGGGUUAGACAUCUGCAAAAAAAUAACCACCUUAAGCUACAAUUCCAUAUAAUGUAUAGGCAAUAUAGAUAAAACAGAAGCCUUUAAAUGGUUCAUGGAUUGCGGGAUAAAACUUACCAGGAAAGGUUAAAAGAUCUUAACAUGUAUAGCUUGGAGGAAAGACGAGACAGGGGGGAUAUGAUAGAAACAUUUAAAUAUAUAAAGGGAAUCAACACCGUAAAGGAGGAGACUAUAUUUAAACGAAGAAAAACUACCACAACAAGAGGACAUAGUCUUAAAUUAGAGGGACAAAGGUUUAAAAAUAAUAUCAGGAAGUAUUACUUUACUGAGAGGGUAGUGGAUGCAUGGAAUAGCCUUCCAGCUUAAGUAGUAGAGGUUAACACAGUAAAGGAGUUUAAGCAUGCGUGGGAUAGGCAUAAGGCUAUCCUAACUAUAAGAUAAGGCUAGGGACUAAUGAAAGUAUUUAGAAAAUUGGGCAGACUAGAUGGGCCGAAUGGUUCUUAUCUGCCGUCACAUUCUAUGCUUCUAAAGACCUCUGAACCGUGUGGGGGCGCUGGUGACACGGUAGAUCCUCCAAGGACACCUUCCAUGCCUGUCCUGAGGGUUUGCACAGCAUUUAUAGGCACCCAAAUUGAAUUUUGUGCCAAAUUUUCGAAGUUCAAAAUUGAGCAUGCGUUCCACCGCAGUGCCCAAGCGCAAGGCUUGCAUCACAGUCAGAUGUCCUUCCCGAAUGGUACAAGAACUAAUACUGAAGUAAAGGGGAAGGAGGGGCUAUUUAAAUUUUAUAUAUUUAUUUUAGUCGGUUUGUCCCCAAGAAGAUAUACAGCUCCUCUCAUAUAGCCACUAUUUGUUAGGAAAAAAAUAUAAAUGUACAGUGAGGGGAAAAAGUAUUUGACGCCCAGAAAAAUGCAUGUCAAAAGAGUUAUAAAUUGAUUUAUAUUUCAAUGAGUGAAAUAAGUAUUUGAUCCGCUAUGAAUCAGCAAGAUUUCUGGCUCCCAGGUGUCUUUUAUACAGGCAACAAGCCUGGAUUAGGAGCACUCUCUCUAAAAGGGAAUGCUCCUAAUCUCAGCUUAUCUGUAUAGAAGACACCUGUCCACAGAAGCAAGCUAUCAAUCAAUCAGACUCCAAACUCUCCACCAUGGCCAAGACCAAAGAGCUGUCCAAGGAUGUCAGGGACAAAAUUGCAGACCUACACAAGGUUGGAAUGGGCUACAAGACCAUCGCCAAGCAGCUUGGUGAGAAGGUGACAACAGUUGGUGUGAUUAUUCGCAAAUGGAAGAAACACAAAAUAAUGGUCAGUCUCCCUCAGUCUGGUGCUCCAUGCAAGAUCUCAUCUCGUGGAGUUUCAGUGAUUAUGAGAACGGUGAGGAAUCAGCCCAAAAAUACAUGGGAGGAUCUUGUUAAUUAUCUCAAGGCAGGUGGAACCAUAGUCACCAAGAAAACAAUUGGUAACACAUCUUUGUCAGUGGGCAAAAUGUUCAAAAUCAGCAGGGUAUCAAAUACUUUUUUUCCCUCACUGUAUGUAUAUAUAUAUAUAUAUAUGUGUGUGUGUGUAUGUGUAUGUAUGUAUGUAUGUGUAUAUAUAUAUACAUACACACACAGUUAUUUUCUUUUAUUUUUAAAUAUCCACACUCUAUCCAACUAAUAACUGCUAAAAUUAUUGGAAUUACCCUUUUAUGAAGCAUCCUCUGAAUCAGAACAAUAAGUGAAUCUAUUGUGAGAUUGCACAAAUUAUGCCAAACAAUUUUUAUAAUUUUUUUUAACUCUAGUUUCAAUAUUUCAUUUAUACUUAUAUAUGUUUUUAUAUAUUAUAGAAUAAUAUACAUACAGGGUAUGACCUGUUGUGCUGCUUAAACGGUUUUAAAGAAAACUGGGAGGGCGGUGACAUCCAAAGACUGCUUGAACUGUUUCAUUAAGGGGGAGCUUUAAUGGUGAGCUUUAAUGGUAGUGGAACUUACAAUGUCAUUUUAAGCUUUCUUUCUAGCCUUUUACUACAUAUGCUUGUGUGGGUUUCAGUAGGCUAACUUUGUCGAUUCUCCAAGUCUAUGAUCAAGUAGUAUCUUUGUGGUCUCAGAAUAUAUAAUCAUACCCAUCAAAACCUUAUUUCUACUUUUGAUUUAAUCUUUUAGGAAGAACAGGACUUGCGAACUCUUCAGGUUAAGAACAAGAAGUUGGCUGGAAUGUUAGAUCAGAGACAAGCUAUAGAAGAUGAAUUACGAGAUCGCAUUGAGACCUUAGAGAAAAGGCAGGCGACGGAUGAUGCAUCUCUCCUAAUAAUUAACAGAUACUGGAGUCAGGUUUGUGCUAUUUUUGUAAUUCAGACUAGAUAUUUUUCAGAUAGCUUGCUCUCUUAAUUAACCUUUGUAUCCUGCAUUUUUCUUUUGUUAUAUUCUAUUCUUCUCUCCUACGUAGUGUGUUUUUUUUUUUUAAUAUAUAUUUACUUAUUUUUUACAUUUAGUUUUUUUUGUUUUUUUUUGUUUCUUCACCUUACAUCUUUUCCAAAUUUUAACUUCUCCUUUUCUUAUUUCACCCUAUUUCAGUUUGAUGAAAACAUUAGGAUUCUCCUAGGUCGGUAUGAUUUGGAUCAGGAUUUGGGAGAGUUUUUGAGUGAACGAAAAGCAUUAGUGCUUCCUGAACCUGAACCAGAUUCUGACAGUAAUCCUGAGCGCAAGGAAACUGAUCGGGGUAAGAGAUAAAUUAUGGCGUUUGAAAUACACAUUGUAUAGAUGAAGGAUUAGAAGACUUCGACCAAUAUUUCUUAAAGUUUUGAUUUUUGUAUGUCAUCACAUGACACAGGGCAGAAUAGGACUUUAUAGUUUUGGGUGAUGUGUAUCACAAGUUGAAGGGACACUACAGGCAAUGCAACCGCUUCACCUCAUUGAAGUGGUUUUAGUGUCUGGCAGACCUUGGUACUGAUCUUUCAGUGUUUAAACAUUUUUAAUGUGUAACGCUAAACAGCCCAUCCAUUCUGUGCUUUAUGGGCUAAUAAGGACGCACUAGGCUGAACUAUGGGUGUUGGUGAUUGGAUGACAGUGGAUCGUUGUAAGCCUAUCAUGGGCUGCCAUUGUUAAUAUGAAUUCAUGUAUUUAAUUACAAGUGUAAUCUGUGCCUUACCCACAUCUUUAGUGGGUGGCCAGGGUCACUUAAGCUGUUUGAAAAUGGUUUAAAGUGGUUCUGUCAGCGACUGAGGUCUUUGCAUAUUAUGACCUGCAAUGGUGACUGCACCACUUGCAGUGCAGUGGCCGCAGGGAAAGGUGCGUUUUAUUUACCUGAACCUGUCCCUUGCAGCCAAAGUCAUGUUGCUCCUGAAGGUCCUCUUCAGCUCCUGGUGCUUAAUGUGACAGGAGCCCACAUUAGUAUUGUGAAGAGGAGAAAAUAUACUUUGUAUAUAGUUUGACUACGUUGGAAUUUUGGUGAAAUGUAUCUUUUUAUUAAAUACUCAAUUUGGAGGGAAGUUGACAUAGAUGCUGUAACACUGAAUAGAGAGAUGGACUCCAGACACUACAACCAAUUUAUUAAGGUAAAAUAGUUAUGAUGCCUAGAGUGUCCCUAAAACUGUACUGUUCCUAGUAUUUGUUCUAUAUCCUUGUUACAUAAAACUUCACCAUAGUAUUUAAUAUUUUCUAAAACCAUUGAGCAUAUAAUGUUGUCUUCAUGAUAAAUUAUAUAUUCAUUGCUGGAAGUGGUAUAAGCAAAAGUGAUCUUUAAAUGUUUGUUAUGGAGAGGUGUAAGCGACAACAGUGCAUUAAUGUGUGAAAACAUAAGCUAAGCAUGUUAAAGUUUUUGUUUAAAAUUGAAGGUGGUAGGAAAGCAUACAGAAAUAGUCUUUAGAAGGUAACGUGCAGUUAAAGAGUAUUGGGUGAUACUAGACUUUUUUUUUUUUUUUUUCUUUUCUUGCUACUAUUGUUUAUCUUUGUAGGUGAGGGUCUAUGGGAAGCUCCACUUUCUUUCUUGGCUACGCUAGCCAGCAGUAGCAGUGAAGAAAUUGAAACCCAGCUGCAGGAACGUGUGGAAUCCUCACAUAGAGCUGUCUCCCGCAUAGCACUGGUGUAUGACCGCUUACAUGCACGCCUGGAUCAACUGUCCAUUAAACUCAAUAGUACAGGUACAGCAACUAUUAAGCUUUACUACUUUUCACUCUUUUUUGUUUACUUUUUUAAUAUGAAACCUGUUAUAUGUUCAUUUUAUGGUACCUUUAUUUCAUUGCUGAUUUUUGUUUUUGGCGGGGUUCUCUCUCUGGCUAUUUUUUUUGAAUCUUUGCAGACCCCACACUGAUGGAGGAGGCAGUUCGAGAUCUAAAUUCUUUGUUAACUAAUGAGAAUGCACGACUGCAGGAAGUGUGUACAUUGUUGCAGGAGAAACAGCAGAGCAUGUCUCAAGAGGUUAGUGAAUAUGUUAUUUGGUAAGAAUAGAUCAAUAAUUUUUGUGCCUCAAAAAUAAUCAGGGUUAUUCAAUUAAGUUAGAAUUAACGGGAAUUAAAAGUGUAUUUCAAAAUUUAGGCCAAAAUAAAUGAAUCUAAACAUUCCCCAAGUCAGUUCUGUAUUUGUUUUGUCCAUAAAUUUGAAAUUCACUUUGAAUUCCCAGUAAUUCUCCCAGCAAUUCUCUCUGAUGGGAUGUCUUUAGAGAAGGGUCGGCAUUAGUAAAUGAGGAGAGAUUGCCUCCUUCCCCUAGUGAAGAGACUCACUAAUUGGGUAUUCCCAUUCUGAUCUUUGUAACUAGCCCAUAGCUUCAAGCACCACUUGCGCAGGACUCUUAGAAUGUGGGUGCAAAGCAUACUUCUGUCACUUACCUCUGUUUUCAUCAGUCAGUGAUCUGGUGAUCUCACAGAUGUCUAUGUAUAUAUACAUGAUGAGAUGUAACUACUCUAAACUAUAGUUAGUCUACACCCAAUGGUCAUCAUUUUAUCCCCUAUGUGUUUGUAUGUUUCCAUGCCAUACCUCCUUGCUAUCCCCACUUGUGUAAUUGUUUUUAAUAUAGCUUCAUGUAUGAUUGAUCUAAAAUCUGUAGUAUUUUACUUGAACACACAUCACACACCCCAAUAUCUUUAUAAACCAGUCACUUUAAGCAUUUUGUGCAGUAGUUUAAACUUUGCGGUUGAGUGAGUGGGGAUUCGUACAGCAGUACACAAGGACCGUUUAAUGGUUUAAAUAUGGGUAGAGGAACUAAUGCCUAUCAUCCAGAGUCGGGCUGCUUUACAGUAUCAUUUUACUCCGCUUCUCAAAGUGGUACAACAUCAACAUUUAAAAGUCUCUACCUACUGUAUUAAUAGAAAUGUGACUUUAGAUAGUCCUUGCUGUUUAGUGAGAAGCAGGCCAUGCUCAGGGGUAGUCAACAAGAAAUACGAAUUCAAGCGGUUUCCUAUAAUGGUGUGUGUUUCAUAACAUCAGACACAGAACAAAAUGUCACUAUAAUUUGUCUUUGUGCAAGGUUAAAUCCUAUCUGUUACUCUCAUUGUCGUUCUCCGCCAGUUCUCACAGCUGCAAUGUCGGUUAGAAAAUGCAGAGUCCCGAGUCUCCGUCCUAGAUGGACUUAUUGAGGAUCUACAGUGGGAUAUUGAUAAAGUCCGCAAACGAGAACAGCGCCUUAACAGACACUUGUCUGAAGUUCUUGAGAGAGUAAGCAACGGAUGCUAUUUGGUUACUUGGUGAUUUUACAUUCUGUUUCAAUGUUAAAUGACCGUAUGUCUAUCUGACAGGUUAAUUCCAAGGGAUACAAAGUGUACGGGGCUGGCAGUAGUUUGUACGGAGGAACUAUUACUAUCAACUCAAAAAAGGUAUGCUGACAUUGCUUAAUUUAUGCUUUUGUUUGCAUUUUUUUUAGCUACUUGCUUUUAAAAAUUUACUUGCAAUGAAAUUUGCUUUAUUUCUCUUCCUGUGUACAUGUUGUCUCAUACGACGCCUUACUCUUUAAUUCAGUUUGAAGAGAUGACAUCUGAAGUAGAUAUGAAUAAGGAGCUAGCUGUGAACCGCUUGCAGGAAUUAGAAAAACUGAAACAAGACUUAAACGAAGUAACAUCAGAGAACCAUGAAUUGCAGGUAUUUUUGAUUUUAACUUGAAAAAAAAAAAAAUUAUACCCUAUAUGCAUUUAUUGGACUUUUCUUGGAAAAUGUGUCGGACAAAAUGAAUAUAUAUUCUGGAGUGUCUUGCAUUUCUUGCAGGCUGAGCUUGUGAGUGCUGUGGAGAGCAAUGUCCGAAUUUCCCCAGAGUAUCGCUGUAUGCAGUCUCAGUUCUCUGUUUUGUAUAAUGAGUCCUUGCAACUGAAGGCCCAACUGGAUGAAACUCGGUCUUUACUGCAUGCAACGCGCUCUAAUCAUCAGCGUCAGCUUGAUUUGAUUGAGGUUUGUUUUAGUACAUAAUCCUUUUUAUAUUUGUGGACACUUUAUAUUAUGAAAGACAUCGUUUUUCCACUCGUGUCUGCUUCAAAAUAUACAUUGUUCACAUGCAUGGAUGCUUUGAAGUUUUAAAUGUUGUUUGUACAUGGAACAGCUCAUGAAAUGAACAUUCACUGAUAACUGUUAAAGAUGCCCACUGGAAAUGGGUAGAAUAAGUGCAAGCCUUGUAACACCAAAGUAUAUAGACACAAUCCCUUUAACUAACUGAACAUAUGUUCAUUGAGCUGGUAGAAGUAUACUCAAAGUUUAUUCGAAGGGGAUCUUCAUAUAUUAUUCCAAUUCAGGUUUGAACAUCAUUCAGGAGCCAGUUACCUGUUACCAAUUUAAAUGACCUAUAGUUCAAUUAACUUUAUUAAAGAAACACCAAAAGUUAAACAUAUACUUUACUUUAACAUUAAAGGAUUACCUUUCUAAGAUUCGGAUAUCCCUUUUUGAUAAAACAAUUAUAAUUAAAAUCAAAAGAAUACUAAGCUUGCAUACUAAGCUUGUAUCCCAGCGCAAGCAUUUAGAAAAUAGGCUUUAACAUAUAGUGGAUUUGGUACUUAGUCCCUAUACUUGGACACAGUAAGCAGGAUUAACCCCACAAUUUGUUAAUACAUUACAUAGAUAAUAUAUGACAAAAAAUACUCUUAUAGCGGCAACUCUAGUCCAGGAGAGAUUUGUGGAAUAAUAUAGUUGAUCCCCCAUGAAUAUCAAAGGAGAAAAUAAAUAUUCCACACAUGAUGAUAUGUGAAAGAGUCUUAUCGCGACAGAGUUUUUUUUAAUGUUGUAUUUUUGUUUUCUCGACAAUAAAGGAAAAUUGUUUCAUACCUACCAUAAUUUUCUUUUCUUGAUAAUUAUGCAUGGCAUAAUUUACUUAUGUGUUUGCUCCUCCCCUCACAGCAGAAAGGAUAGGAAAUAAAACUUUGAAAUUGCCAUAAAUAGUUCCAUCCCCUCCCCAUCAGGCAGUCUAUGUAACUAGCUUCAUAACUUUCAUAGUAUGAGGGUGUGAAUGUAAUGCUGUAAUGGGUGUAUAAUGAUCAGGAAAGGAAUAUUACUGUAAGUAUGAAACAAUUAUCCUUAUUUGUGAUUGAACAUGUAAAAAACUUUAAAAAAGUCAAACGAGUAAUCAAUAAGGUAUCCCAAUAAUAUCUGCUCAGACAAGUGAUUGUGCCCCAGAGGCUGCUUGUCAGCAACCCCAUGGUAUUUAAAUAUAGAGAAUCUACUCAAUAAAUAUAGUAUAUAGUGUGAGUGUGUGUACGUAUGUAUGUAUGUAUGUGUGUAUAUACAUACAUACAUAAUCAGGUAGGAAUCAAGGUUAUGAUAACCAGACCUAUAAAGGAACAUGUCUUCAUGUUCAACAUGUCUUGGCUAAUACAAGACAACUCCUGUAAGAAAUGAGAUAUCCUUGCAGAUGCUUGCUAUGGAGAAUAAAAUAUAUUAGAGAAGAACCUCCUCUAAACAUAAAGACGUGGUCUGAAAACUGCAAACUUUUUAUGCAAAAAACGCAAUGUUCGUAGGUGUCCUUCUCUAAUAUAGAGGAAAUACUCAAAUGACAGCACUUUCAAAUUAGAACUUGGUAUAUAUACUAAGCAUCAACAUACUUAGAAAUAUUGAAAUGCUGAUGUAGCAACUUCUCGUGUGUGUGUGUACACACACACUCUUACCCUGAUAAGGGUGAAUCUUCAUAAAGUUUUUAGAAAAGAAUAUUCUCCCGACAUUAACAGCCACUUUUAAUGAGGUUGACAGAUUUAUUAAGAGCUCAUACCAAUUCUAAAAGAAGGUAAAAUCCCUACAAAUAUCUCAAACUACCGCCCUAUAUCUUUAGUGAACGUAGAUGUUAAACUAUACGCUGCCAUACUGGCAAAAAUAAUUAAAAAAAUAUUACCUUAGAUAAUACACCCAGAUCAGAUUGGGUUUCUGUUGGGUAGGCAGUCUUGCAAUAAUACUCGAAGAGUGGUGGACAUCUUGGACUGGGCCCAUGGUACGGGAGUUUCCCUUCUGACAUUGUCGGUGGAUUCAGAAAAGGCUUUCGACAGGGUUGGAUGGGGAUUUUUAAGAGGUGUUCUGACCCAUUUUGGCUUUGAGGGAUGGAUAGUAGAGGUGAUAGGAGCUCUGUAUUCGGUACCCUCGGCAAGGAUAGUGUGCUGAGAUAUGUGUUUUGAUUGGUUCAACAUAACAAAUGGGACAAGACAGGGCUGCCUGUUGUCUCUGCUGUUGUGUGUUCUGUCCAUUGAACCCCUAGCUAUUAACAUAAGGAAUAACCCCCAGAUCAAGGGUGUCAAAUUGUCAGAUAGAGAACUAAAGAUCUGUCUAUAUGCGGACGACACAUUAAUCUGUUACAGAACUAGAUACCUCUUUAACUUAAUAGAGGAAUUCAUAAAAAAUAUGGCAUUGUAUCAAACUACAAAUUAAAUAUGAACAAAACUGUAGCCCUUACUAAAAAUAUAGAAGGAAAUAAUCUCCAGUAGAUGAAAAGAGAUUACGACUGUAGCUGGACAGCCAAAGAAAUCACCUAUUUGGGUGUUGUAAUCACAGCGGACCCUAGGUGGGCUAUGGAGGCUAAUUUUUUAAGACUCAUAAAAGAGACCAACAGUUUAUUAAAAGAAUGGAGAGGUUGUGAGAUUUCUUGGUGGGGUAGGAUAAACACCAUAAAGGCCUACAUUAUUCCCCAAUGGGCAUACCUAUUCCCCAUGUUUCCCCUCUCUAUCUCUAAACACUAGUUGAAUAUGAUACCGAGUAGUAUUACAAACUAUAUAUGGAGAGGCCAAAGACCUUGAAUUAUCCAUUAAUAAAAUAUAUGUUCCAGGCUAAUAUGAUUGUACAUGUUUAUAAAUUACAACUAAGUGAGUCUAGGUGGAACAAGCGUGGUACAAACUAGAAUCAAACAGAACGGGUUUGGAUUAUUAAGGAUUUAUAUAUUGGACACCAGAUUAGGAGGUAUGAUGAUUUAAAAAAUAUCUUGAAUUUACCAUCCAAAGAGAUCUUUAGUUAUCUGCGUAUCAAGAGUUUUUUAAAAGAUCAUAUACUGAGUUUAGACAGCGGUAUUACUUAAGAAAAUCUUCUCUGGUGCUAAACAUAAAAAUAUAUUCUCUGUUGCAAGGGAGUUGCUAAAAUCGAUGGGAGGUUCAAACAUCCCCAAGGCUUUAUUGAAAUGGGAAUAAGAUUUAUUGAUAGUUAUACAGUAUAGAAAGUGGUGUCUCUCGUUUAUAAAUAUCAAAAAAUAUAACCACUGUUUAAAUAUACUAGAGACCCCCCAAAAAAGAGUUAGUUAUAGGUGGUACAUGGUCCCAACGAGACUAGCCAAGAUAUCCCAGAUAAACCCUUCGAACUGCUGGAAAUGCUUUCAUUUAGAUGGAUCAAUGACCCAUAUGUGGUGGAGUGGUCCAAGAAUUGUGCAGCUAUGGAAUGUAGCUUUUUAUCUAAUAAAGAAAGUAGGACGGGUGAUACUCGAAAAGGAAAAAAAAAAAAGCAGAAACAGCUCUACUACACUUAAUUGAGAAUGAAGAGGCAGAUAAAUCAGACAUCCUGAUUGUGCACUGCUUUAUGGCAGUCAAGACCCUUAUUGCCAGAAAUUGGAAAAAAGUUUGUAUUCCGACUAAAUAACAUCUUAAAACUCAGCUGAUAAAUCAGCUUGAGAUGAAGAUGGGCAUAAUUCUCACCGAUAUAUAUUCUAAUCAAAUAUAUCUUGGUACUUAUACAAACCUUACUGGUAUGAUUUUAAAGGUUAUUGAGAAGCUAUCUUAAAGGACCACUCUGGGCACCCAGACCACUUCAGCUUAAUGAAGUGGUCUGGGUGCCAGGUCCAUCUAGGGUUAACCCAUUUUUUUAAUAAACAUAGCAGUUUCAGAGAAACUGCUAUGUUUAUGAAUGGGUUAAGCCUUCCCCCUAUUCCUCUAGUGGCUGUCUCAUUGACAGCCACUAGAGGCGCUUGCGUGCUUCUCACUGUGAUUUUCACAGUGAGAGCACGCAAGCGUCCAUAGAAAAGCAUUAUGAAUGCUUUCCUAUGUGACCGGCUGAAUGCGCGCGCAGCUCUUGCCGCGCGUGCGCAUUCAGCCGACGGGGAGGAGAGAAGUAGGAGAGCUCUCCGCCCAGCGCUGGAAAAAGGUAAGUUUUAACCCCUUUCCCCUUUCCAGAGCCGGGCGGGAGGGGGUCCCUGAGGGUGGGGGCACCCUCAGGGCACUCUAGUGCCAGGAAAACGAGUGUUUUCCUGGCACUAUAGUGGUCCUUUAAGCCAACCCAUUUGACCUACACAUUUUUUUGACCUUUUACACGACUAUUUGAGCAACAAUAUUUAAGUUGGACUCUACAAUCCAUGUGUUUGUGUAUUAAUUCCUGUCUUGCAUAUGUGUUUUGCACUAGCGAUAUACCCAAGGCUUGUAACAAUGGUCCACAAUGGUGUAAACUAAUGGAAUGAAUGUUGAUGUUUGUCAAGUUCUGUACUUUGUGUAAAAACAUUUUUAUUCUCAAUCAAAAGCAUUUAUGCAGAAAAAAAUUUAAAAUGAAAUUUCAGUAUAUUUGUCUUUAUCCUCUUCAUUUAAAAAAACCUGAAGUAGAGAAUCCACAGUUUGUAAUAGGUACCUACUUAGUGCGACUGCAUUUGUUUUGGUGCAUCUGGGCUAUGUUUCCUUUCAGUUCAUACACCGAGAUUAUAUCAGUUGCAUGUACUAAAUAUACUGUGCAUAUAUUGGGGUUUUAUAUUAAUGCCAUCUUGCAUACAUACUAAUCCCAUAUACUGAGGAUGUGUUUUAGCAGCUCCUCACACAUAGAGAUAUCAUUCUAAUAUAUCAAGGCUGUGUUCUAACAGCACCUCAUACGCCGAUUCUGUUCUGCAUGGAGAUGCUAGACAUUCCCCAUACAGCUUAAUUGAUUCAAUGCAUCUCUUUAAGUUGAUGCUGAUUGGUGCAUUUUGCUGUACAUGUGCAAUAUCUUCCCUAUGCUUCCCUAUGGGAAAGCGUUAGAUUGGCUGAGAUAAUCAAUAUAGAUGAUCUCAGUCAUGAAGUCAGGGCCAGCCACAGCGAGACUGGCGCAAUGAGUAUGAAAAACUGAGUAAAACCACCUUUUCAUCUUUUAUAAAAUGCCACAUCAGGACUAUAGUGUCCAGAAUACAUGUUUGUACAGAAUACUUGGCAAAAUAACGUUUGCAGUGAUACAAUAUUGUUAUUGUGUUAAGAAUUAUUUCAAACCAAGAAUCUUGUGGGGCAGUCCUUGCUUCCUGCGUCUAGAGAUUUUGUUAGAUGUUGAAAAGCUUAAGCAGUUAUAGAACUUAAAAGUACAACCAGAUUUUCUACAUCAUAUAGAACACAAAUUUGGAUAUUUUUCAAGUCUCUUAUCGGGGUCAAGAACAUUUUAUAUGAAAAUUGCCUUGCAGUCUACGUUUCUUUGCAUCUUAUCUUGUGUGUUGCAAUUUAAGGUCAUGUGACACAUCAGUCCUGACCUCGGUUAUCAUGAUCUUGACUUUCCAGAGUAUACUGCGUAUGACCUGUACCAACUUUUGGUUUCUUUAUAGUUGAUCUGCGCUCUAGUUCUCCUGAAUUGGGCAUGGUUUUUAUUUUGUGUGUGUUUUUAACUCUUGGUAAUCUAUAUAGGUGCAUCUUACAAAUUCCAUAUGUUGAAUAUCUUGACUAUAUGAACCCUUAUUUUGGCUGAAGGUUUCCAUGCUUGACGCAUGUAUAUUAACUAGUAGUGUGCCGUGAAAACAAUUAAAAAAGACAGUCUUCAAUGAUGUACACACCCUCACUCCGCUCUGUAACUUUAUGGUAUCCCUACUGGUCAGCUGCCUCACUGCCCUGUAUACUGAAGUCUUGUCUGAUUUGUCUUGCAGCGCGAUGAACUGUCUCUCCAGAAAAAGGUUCGCACUGAAGUGAUUCAGUUAGAGGAUACGCUUGCUCAAGUGCGUAAAGAAUAUGAAAUGCUUAGAAUAGAGUUUGAGCAGACUCUGGCUGCCAAUGAACAAGCUGGUAUGUCUUUCAUUUCUAUAUAUUGCUGUGCUUUAUUGAAAGAAAAAACAAACAAAAAAAACCACUUUAUUGAUAUUGCCUUUUUGUUGUAGGUCCCAUUAAUAGAGAGAUGAGACAUCUGAUCAGCAGCUUACAGAACCAUAAUCACCAGUUAAAGGGAGAGGUACUGAGGUAUAAGAGACGUCUGCGAGAGAUACAAGGAGAUAUUAGCAAGGUAAGUAAGGGGACCCCACCCCUGAGGAAAAAUACAACUAAUAAAAUAAUGCUUAUAAGACUUGUUUCCCUUUCUUCCAGAUUCGUUCUCGCAACAGUAGUACGCUUUUCAUGCUGCCUUCCCAAUCUAGCAUUGAUGAGUCAAAGGAAGAGGCACUUGAAAUAAAGACUGAGCCUGAAGAGACUGCCAUUCCAACACCCGCCAUCACUCAGCUUGAAACUACUAUUAAGCGUGAGGAAGAGGAAGUACAGCCUCCACAAACACAGUCACAGCCAAAAGACAAAAGGGAACGCGAAAGAGAGCGUGAACGAGACAGAGGACGAGAGAAAGAAAGAGGAGACAGUUCCAAGGAUAAAUCAAAACAUGAGUCUGAUUCAAAGCGAAAAGAGGCAGAGUCUAUUAAACAGAUGAAAGCAGAGCUAAAGUAAGAAAAAUCUUAGAAUAAGUGUAUAAUGAAUUUUUCUGUGUGGAUGUCUCCUUUACGGUGUGUUUCUUUUAACAAGGAGAGUGCAGGAGUCCUUGAGAGACAUGAAGCUGCUUUUAGACAUGUAUCGUUCGGCACCCAAGGAACAGAGAGACAAGGUUCAAUUGAUGGCGGCAGAGAGAAAAAGUAAAGCAGAGGUAAAAUAAAUAAAUGUAUUUGAUUAUAUUAUAAAUACAGGGACACUCUAAAUUAUAGUAGUUAUAUGGUUUAAGGAGAAUUUGUGUGCAGUUCCUCUGGUUUUUAUUGCACUGUUUUUACAAAAUAUCUAUAAUUUUUUUAAUUUAUUUUUUUGUACCUCAUUUUUAAAAAUGCAUGGGGACCGGUUUUAGGCACCUUGCCUGUCCUAAGCAAAUAUGUAAGCUACCCAAAGUCUUAUGAUCUUUUUAUGGUUAAUAAUUGCUUACAUAAGUCUGAUAUUUCAGUAGUUAAGAGGCAACAAUUCAAACCUACCUAUUGACCCUUUUAAAUGGAAUUUUUAAUUUUAUCUUUGCCUAUAUUAUGGCUUUAAAAAAGUAUAAAUAAGGGUUUGGCCUGUCUUCCAAGAUGGCCGGAUGUGUAUUACUGAAGCCCCACUAAAGUGUUAAUUCUUGCAACCAGCAAUUCUAUUUUACCAGUAAUUGCUUUAAGCUGUAUACACACCAUUCCCUGCUGGCUAUUAAUCAUGUCCAAAAUCGAGACCUAUCAUGACUUGUGCCCGGAUUGACGCUGGGCACUGACCUUACAGUUGAAGAUCUUCAGCCCCAUUCUAUCCCCUUUGGAUCCUCCAAAUAGACAGCCAAUUUGCUGCAGCCGUCACUGGUAACAGUUGUUGGGAUAUACUCUUACAUUCCACUUUGAGUCUAAGUAAGUCAGGCAGAGGAAAUACACAGAGACAAAGUAGUCCAUUUUAAGUCUCUCUCAGUAUAUCUCUUGAUUGGGUUGGAAUUUCAGUGGAAUGCCAACAAAGUCAAAAUGAGUAUUUCAUAAAAUUCUAUGAAUCGCUUUAACUGAUAUCCACCCGAGCACCUUUAUCCUUCACAAAACUUGUUAAUAUAUUUUUUUGUGUUGUGGGAAUUUUUUUCUUUUCUUUUAAAUAUAUCUUUUUUUUUAUGGUGGCCGAGGCUGGAGUGGUCAUGUAUUUUAAUUUUAAACUCUACUAGUGAACUGUGUAACACAGAUGUAUAAUGUUCCUUUCAGGGGGUUAUUAUGAGGUGAUUGCUCUAUGCUAUUCAAUGCGUAGUGUCUGCUGCUGUCAAGGUAAGUAUAACAAAAUAAAGAAAAAAGUUACCUGGGCUCUUUCCCAAAUCCCUAUGUAUAUUUAAACAGAUGGAGGUUAUUUAGUUACUCCAAUGGCCAUUAGAGGGAAUGCCCACCUGCCACGUCACUGCACACCUUUUAGGUGGGUCCUACACUGACAGUGUAGGACCCACCUAAGAGGUUUGCCUAACAGUGUAGAUUCCACCUAAGAGGUUUGCCUAACAGUGUAGGACCCACCUAAGAGGUUUGCCUAACAGUGUAGGAUCCACCUAAGAGGUUUGCCUAACAGUGUAGGACCCACCUAAGAGGUUUGCCUAACAGUGUAGGAUCCACCUAAGAGGUUUGCCUAACAGUGUAGGAUCCACCUAAGAGGUUUGCCUAACAGUGUAGGAUCCACCUAAGAGGUUUGACUUGUUGUGGCAGGUGGGCAUUCCCUCUAAUGGCCAUUCUAGUAACUAAAUAGCUUCCAUUUGUUUGCAUAUACAUAGGGAUUUGGGAAAGAGCGCAGGUAACUUUUUUCCUUUGGUUUUUACUGUAUGUAUUGGGGCUGAUGUGUACUAUGGUCGUUGUUGCCGCCCAAGAGUAGUGGGAGUUUGAGUGCAUGACUACAAACAAAGGAUAGCAGCGUAUUACUGGACCUUAGAGUGACCAGGCUUAUCACAAUGCCAAUUGUUGGAGACAUAACAAGGUCAAGGAACAAAGCAAGAUCAGGGAUUCCUAUGGUGAACAUUAACUAGACUCUAAGCCAGGUCAAGAAGUACAGAUAACAGAGUAGUCAGACAAGCCAAACCAGGAAAUCUCAGAAUAAGGAACUUACUAUUGGGAUCACAAGGAAAUCACAACAGCGUGCUGAACAGAUGGAAGCUCAGGUAUUUAUAGCCCUGAGAGCAUUUCCUUGAUAGCCAUGCACCCAAAACGUGAGUGGGCAUUGGCAAAGGCUUGUUGAUGCUGUGAAGCGGACAGAGCUACAGUAUCUUAGGGGAGGCAGGAAUAGUACGUAAACAGCGUUACGCAAGGGUAUACAUGUUUACAAAUGCAAAAUGUGCUGUGCUGGUAAUGUACCAUUCUAUCAAGGGGGUUAUUUCCCAGACUAGGCUUUGGAGUGUAACAUCAUGCAUGUCACUUGUAGUUAAGUUUUUGUGUUAAUAAUGUAGCUUUACAAAGAGAUUUACACAUAUUUACCCAUUGAUCUAUGCUUUCACAUUCUUGUUUCAGUUAGAAGAACUGCGUCAACGUCAUCGGGAGCUAGAGGAAAGAGAGCGUAGGGACAGUAAGAAGAUGGCAGAUGAAGAUGCUCUACGCAGAAUGAGAUCAGCUGAAGAGCAAACAGAAGCGCUCCAGAAAAGACUUUCUACAGCAAAACAGGUAAGGGAGUAUACACCAGCAUGAAAAUACCUGCAGUCUGUCUCGGCCAACAUGAAAUGUAUUUAUCAGUUUAUUGUAACCAUUGUGGUACAUCCUAUACAAGUAGUUCCCAGCCCUGCCCUGAAGGCACACACUAGUGAUCCAUGUUUUGUCAAUAUCAACCUCCCCCUUUGUACAGAAUUGGUGAAUGCCUAACCGUGGGUGUGACUUGAAGACUGUGUUUAGAACUACUGUUCUACUGUGCCUGUGAGCUAGUGAGGGAGGACUGGUUAAUGUAUAAUAAUAGCUGAAUAAUAGCUGAAAAUGACUCAAGUUUAAACUUUCAGUGCCUUGCUCCCUUUUUUAAGGAGCUAAUGUUACCAGUUACACUUAUAUUAAAAAAAACUUACAAUUCUGCUAGUGCAAUGUAACAAUUACAUUUAAUGUCUUCUGUUUUAAUGCAGAAGAAAAGAUUAAUUUUUUUUAUUAUUUGUGUCAUUUUUUUUAAUAGAAUGAUGUAAUUCCCUGCUUGUACUAUAUUGUACUUUGCAGUGAAGAGUGUCUACCAGAUUUCUUAAUUUAGACACGCAGAGAUUUACAGAGGUUAAAUAAAGUUUGAUAAAUUGUUCAUUUUUGGAAGAUGAGCCAGAAAAUGUUGUCUGACCAAUCUCCAUCUCCUGGUUUUGUUCAUUACUGCACUGUUGGUAAUCUCACAAUUUAAAGGGACACUAUAGUCACCAUAACAACUACAAAUACAUGGAAUUUUUUCUGGUGAGUAGAAUCAUUACCUUCAGGCUUUUUGCUGUAAACACUGUCUUUUCAUAGAAAAUGCAGUGUUUACAUUACAGCCUAGUGAUAACUUCACUGGCCACUCCUCAGAUGGCUGUUAGAGAUCCUUCCUUGGUCAUGGCUGCCUAAAAUGCAUCCAAACAUUCAAUCUCCUCCCUCUGCAUGCAGACACUGAACUUUCCUCAUAGAAAUUCAUUGAUUUCAAUUCAUCCCUAUGAGGAGAUGCUGAUUGGACAGGGCUGUGUUUGAAUCAUGCUGGCUCUGCCCCUGAUCUGCCUCUUUGUCAGUCUCAACCAAUCCUAUGGGGAAGCACUGUGAUUGGAUCAGGCUACCACUUCUGAUGAUAUCAGCAGACUGCUUGUUUUUUUUUUUUGAGGCAAACAGCAUGCAGAGCUACAGCUUCAGGCUUGAAUACAGUACGAAUUUGCUAUAUUUAUGGAGGCAUGGGGGGGCAGGGGGGGCUAGAUGGUGGUAUUAACACUUAUAGGGUCAGAAAUACAUGUUCGUGUUCCUGACCCUAUAGUGAUCCUUUAAAUAACUCAGUGCCACAAUUAAGUGGUAAAUGUCAUACUAAUAAGGCCCUUAAUACAAGUCAAGAGUAAUAGAUAAAAGAAAUGCACUUAAAUUAGAGUCCUAGAUCUAUAUAUAAUCCUAAAAACACUAAUUUAAAGGAUCACUAUAGUCAUCCAGACCACUUCAACUCAAUGAAGUGGUCUGGGUGCCAGGUCCCCCAGGUUUUAACCCUUCAGAUGUAAACAUUGCAGUUUCAGAGAAACUGCUAUGUUUACAUUGCAUGAUUAAUCGAGCAUCUUGUGGCUGUCUUCCUGAAAAUCGCAGUGAGCACGCAGAACGUCCAUACAAAAGCAGUGAGAAGUGCUUUCCUAUGGGUGCUCUAACUGCACAUGCGCAUUCAGCUCCACUCGGGGGCCUCCCUCUCCGACAUCAGCUCCCGAGUGGAAGCACCCAUAGGAAAUGCGAAAAUCGCAUUGAGCACGCAGAACGUCCAUAGGAAAGCAGUGAGAAGUGCUUUCCUAUGGGUGGUUCCAAUGGGCACGCGGCUUUGGCCGCACAUGCACAUUCGGCUCCACUCGGGAGUCGAUGUCGGAGAGGGAGGCUCCCGAGUGGAGGGAGCCCGGUGCUGGAUAAAGUCUUUAACCCCUUCAGCCCAGUGGGAGGGGGGCCCUGAGGGUGGGGGAGACCUAAGGACUAUAUAGUGCCAAGAAAACUAGUUUGUUUUCCUGACACUAUAGUGAUCCUUUAAGAUAAUUUCUUCAAUAGAGCAGUCCUAAUGUGUAAACAAACGAUACAGUGUUAAACUUAUACAAAGUAUCUGUGAUGACUGUAACAAGCUAGAUACAGUUUCCAAAGACUCUGCUAGGCUCCAUAAAUUUCCAGAAGAAUGGCAGCAGCUUGCAGCAAGGGAUAUAUAUAUUAAUUAGACAUCUUCUUCUGGAACAUUCUUUUACUAUAUCUUUUAUUAUAUGUAUAUUAUAUCCUUUAUUAGAUAUAUAUAUAAUUUUCUUUGUUAGAUGUGUGGCGAAAGUAACCUCGCCACUUGUACUUAGAUGGGCCUGCUUGACAGCGUCCUGCCCACAGACUAUGGGCCUUGCAGGGAAACCUGUAAAAGACUACCGAACUUGACCGACUGUUAGCACUGAUUUCCCUGGAACUGUUUUGGGCAUAGGACCACAUGCACGGUCAGUCAAAACGAUGACUUCCAGGAAAUUCUUGAACCGAUCUGGGUGAUUUUUGGAUAUGUUGUUCACCCAGAUCCGGGCUAUCAGGGGAUGUAACUUAUGGGGUUUUAUGUGUUUUUACGGUACUUUUUGGGGUUUCAUAAAAUUGUAUGUUUUUUUGUGCUUGGAGAUAAUUGGGUUAGAUUAGUACUGAUUCAAUUAUUCCCCAAGCACAGAGGGGGUAUUCUAUUGUUUGUGAGUGAGAGUGUCACAUGUUGUAACUAUACUGUUAUUGGUAUGUAACAUUGUAACCCUGUGUCCCAUCAGUUCCACAUGGGUGUUCUCCUUGCAUGGGGACUUGCAUAAAACGUGGGGUAUGUUGAGUCUUUUUCAGUCGCCACUUAGUCACAAACACUGGCCAAAUAUUAGUUUUUUGCAUUUUUCACACAAAAACAAAUAUUAACGCUAACUUUGGCCAGUGUUUGUGACUAAGUGGCUACUAAAAAAGACUAAACAUACCCCACGUUCAAUACCUUGGAUUGUCUACUUUUUCAAAUGGUAUGCCAUUAUGGGGGUAAUUCUCAUUCCUGGGCUACCACGCCAUCUCAAAGGUAACAUUACUAAUCUGGCAAAUUUCAAUUUGCAAAUGGAACGUUCUAUAUUUGACCCUGUAACUUUCCAAAACACCAUAAAACCUGUUAAUGGGGGUACUGUUGUACUUGUGAGACACCGCUGAUUACAAAUAUGGGCAUUUUUUUUCAGUAAUACCGAACAGUAUUAUGACAUUUCCAGCUAAAAUGUGAGGCGGAACUACAUAUUUUUUAAAAAAUUUACAUUUUUCACAGUUUUUAAAAUUUUAUUCAUAAUAAAUUAUGUUUCAUAUAUAAAUAUUUGAUAUGAAAUGAAGUCCCUGUUUCUCCUGAACAAAAUGAUAUAUAAUAAGUGUGGGUGCAUUUAAUAUGAAAGAGGUGAAUUACAGUUGAACAGACAUAUAGCGCAAAUUCCAGUUUUUGUUUACGUUUUGUUUUAAACAGAACGUGUACUAUUGACUUUGUCCUAAAGGGGUUAAAUUGUAUUUUUUUUUUAUAUAUACACUAGAGGGAGGUGUUUUUUUUGUUUGUUUUUUUUUGGCUUAGCUGCUAUAUUUGUUUUUAAGUACUAAGUUUUUAUGCUUUUUUUCUUAACUUCCUCCCAUAUUCUUGAGAUACUUCCUGAGCACAUUUAUUGAAGGUGUAUUUUUUUGGUAUAAUAAUGGAUUUUUUUUUUCUAAACUGAAAUAUAGUAAUGCAAAUAUGAUACAUGCCCUAAUGUAUGCUAUAUAGGAAUCAACAUUAAAGGAUUAAUCCAAGUACCAUGUUUACUUCAGUCAUUUAAAGUGGUCAUGGUGCUUGGGCUCUGUAUGUAUAGUGUUUUGCUCUGGAACAGAAUUUAACCCCUUUGUAACUCCACCUUAAGCUGCGUCAUUGGAGCAAUGCCAGUUCUAUGGAUAUUUCUAUGUAUUGAUGCUCAUUCUUUGGCAGUGUUCAGCCAAUGAAUGAAUGUCAGGGUUGGCAUCUGGUUUCUGUAGCUCUGCAGAAGCUGGAUGUCUGCAGAGGAGAGUCUGCACCAUGUCAGAGGCUUCUCCCCAGAACUAAGGGUAUGGCUCCAAGGUACUCCUGGCAUCAUAACCAUUACGGCGGGUUAUAGUGUUUAUGAUGCUUGGAAUAAUUAUUUAAAAGGAAACUAUAGACAUCAAAAAACUUUAGCUUAAAGGGAUCCUAUAGUGCCAGGACAACAAACCCGUUUUCCUGACACUAUAGGCUCAUGGAGCGCCCCCCCCACAGGGUUGAAGGGGUUAAAAACCUCUUCAGCCACUUACCUGAACCCAGUGCCGAUGUCACUCGGCGCUGGGUCAGGCUCUUCCCCCGCCGCUGGCAGGGGGAGACCUCAUGCGCAGCAAUGGCUGCACGCAUUAGACCUCCCCAUAGGAAAGCAUUAUUCAAUGCUUUCCUAUGGGGAAAAUCUGACGCUGGAGGUCCGUGAGGAUGUCCAGCGUCAGAUAACAGACCAAAAGUCAGUUAGAAUUUUGGAAGCCCUCUAGUGUCUGUCUGGUAGAUAUACAUCUUAGCGUCACAGUUCAAGAGGGAAAUCGGUCUAAAAUUUUUACAUUGGGUCGUAGUUUUACCCGGCUUGGGAAGCGUGGAGAUGUGCGCUAAUAGCAUUUCUGUAGUGAGGGCACCCUACGAAUAACUGAUUAAAAACUGUAUGUAGUUGGGGUGAGAAGAUGUCGGAGAAUGUUUGAUAAUAUUUGUUAGAGAGUCCGUUGGGUCCAGGGGUUUUGUGUGCUGGCAGUUGUGCUAGUAAGUCAAAUAUUUCCCUCAGUUCAAAUGGUCUCGUAAGAUGGUUUCUAUCAGCUUCCGUCAGUGUCUAAGACUCUAUUUAUGUCUUGGGUAUUGGGAGUUGUCUGUUCAUCUCAGAGAUUAUACAAGUUACCAUAAAAACAAGCAAAUUAGUUUACAAUGUCUUGAGGGUUAAGAAUUUUCUGAUUACCGGAUCCCUUUAGGUAGGCAGUUAUGGAGGUGACCAUUCUAGCCUUCAGUCAGAAUGCCAGUAGGGCUCCAGAUUUGUUUCACAUCACAAAGAAUUUGUAUUUCAUGCGUUGUAAGAGAAAUGCAGUUUUUGCUAACUCUAGGUCUUUAAGUUGUGUGUUGUAAUGUAAGAAGUUUGGAGUUGGUACCAGGUGUUGGGUUUUAUUUGUUGGCGUGAGUCAGUGCUGCGAGCUCCAUGAUAAUAGUGGUUUAUUUAGCAUCUCAUUCUUUUUUCGCAUGGCUAGCAUGCUUAAUAAAUGUUCCUCUUAUGUUCCUUAUUGGCCAACAAUAUCCUCUCAAUUGAGGAAUCUGGGGGGUAUUGAGAGUAAAGUAUGUAGCUCUUCUCUCAUUUGGGAAACUAUGGAAGUGUUGCUUAGCAGAUGUUCAUUAAGUCUCCAUGAACCUUUGCCUUAAUUGGAGAAUUCUUCUUGGAGUAAUAGAGUAAUGGGAGCAUGGUCCCACCAAGAAAGUAAACCAACAGUAGUUUGGGCAAUUUUGGAGUGUAUGAGGAACCUAUCAAUUCGUGAGUAGCUGUUGUGUGCUGUAGAGUGAUACGUCAAAUCUCGCUCUGAUGGGUGAUGUACUCGCCAUGAGUCUACAAAAUGGUGUGCCAUUAGAGGUUUUUUGUAUGCAUGAAGAGGUGUGUCUCAUUUUGUGAAGUGUUUGAGAUCAUAAUGGUUUAGGUGUAGAGGAGUGUAAUGCGCUAUCAAGUAAAAAAUUCGGAUCACCUCCCAGAAUUUGUACAUUUGGGACAAUGCAAAAACAGUAUUCAAAAAUAACAGUUGAUUCUCAUUCGGACCAUAAACAUUGAUCAACAUAUAUGGGUUGUUAUUAAUGACAUUGCAAUAUCAGAUAUCUCCUUUUUUGUCACUGAUUUUGCAUAUUAGUGUGAAAGAAACUCCCUUGCUUAUUAAGGUGGAUACUCCGCGUUUCUUUUUCUUGAAACAAGAAUGGUAAUGGUGAGGAAACAAUUGGGAUGAAAUUCAAAAAUAUGGGCCUGCCUCACCACUUAAAAUGGGUUUCUUGGAGAAAACAUACAUGGGCGUCAUGGUUUUUGGCCUUUUUCAUUGACAAGCGCUGCUUGUGGGGCAAGUUGAGUCCCUUGGCAAUUAGGGAAAAGAUAUUAAGUACCAUGGGUGGGCAGGGCUGGAUAGUCCUAGCUGUAUGUUCGGCAACCAAGCCGAGAUCUGUAGGGGUAGGCCUGCUGUGUGACUGCAGUUUCUAAGAACAUUAGGUAGGGGAGGAGUAUUCCCAAGUAAAGGGGUGGACAUAAUAUCCCAGUUCGUAUUACACUCAUUAUCGACAUUAUCGACAGGUUGGGCGUAUGAGGUCUGAAAAUAAAAUAAAAAAUACAAAUACAAAUAACACACUGUAAAAACUUAAAGGAACAACUAUUUACAGAAUUCCGUUUGCUAGUAAAUAGCAUUGUUCAGUGGGGAAAUGGAUCUCGAAGUGGCUUAGAAUGGAAUGAAGCCACUGUGGGGGUAACCAAAGAGAGAGGUUGUAACCGUAUUGCAACCCGGCAACAGCAUGUGCUGAGGCAUACAAAUAGUUAAAUAUUGACCUAGUAGCAUAUGAUAGGACCAGAAACAAAAAAAUCUUAUAAAAGCAGGUAAAUAUAGGUAAGGCAAUUCACGGAAGUUGAUAGUAGUGGAACACCUUAUUGGGUCAGAUCAGCGUUCAGGUGUGGGUCGUAGCAGUGAUAUAGUCCUUGGGGAGCUUUUUUCUAUAUUGAUGUUCCAGUUUUGCAGCAUGGUCUUUCCGUCUGUAGGGGUGAACAUGGUCUUGUCUACUCCAUUUCUCCUCACCAGUAUACAAAUGGGAAACCCCAUUUGUAUACUACAUUUGCUGGUCUUAAGGCCUUCGCGAUUGGAGCAAAUGUUUGUCGUUUGAGCAUGGUGGCAGAGGAAAGAUCAAUAAAUAAUUGCAUCUGCUGGAAUUUUCGUGUGAGGGUAGGCUUCAACCUUGCUGCUUGCAUGAUGCAGUCUUUUAUUGUAUAUUGGUGUACUCUCGUAAUGGCGUCCCUUGCCGGAAGAUCUUUGGGUUUCGGAAGCCUAUGAGUACAGUCCAGCAGGAGUUCUGCGGGUUCUAAGGUAGGUAUUAAUGUCCGAAACAGUUCAGUGACAUAUCGUUCAAGCUCUUGCGGCUUAAUUGUCUAUGGGAUCCCCCGGAUCCAGAAGUUGUUGCGCCGGUCUCUAUCUUCGUGGUCUGCUAACUUUUACUCCAUCUUCUGUAGCUUCGCUUCCACUAGGGAAUUGUGAGCCUAGACUAUUUCCUCAGUCCUGUCCUCUAACCUGGCGGUUCGUUCACCUAUGGUGUGGAUGUCGGAUUUGAUGUCCGAGGACACCUCGUAGAGCUCAGUUUGUAGUGAGUAUUUCAGUUCUCGGAGCAUAUGGUGUACCAAGAGGUUUGUGGCCAGGCUAGCCAAUUGUGUGGCAGCAGGAGCGAUAUCACUAACGUCCGAGCAUGAGGCCGGUGAGUCAGGCCGCUAGACGCCAUCUUGAAUGCUAGGCCUUGCUGUUGCUGGUUGAAGUUGUAAAGUUUUCUGCUUAAACUUUUUUAAAAUGUAUAUUUUAACGGACAGAAAGGGCUUUCAUUUAACAUCCUACUGUAACGGAGCGCUUGUACCCAGAGUUGUACCUCAGCUGUAUAUUCUCCCAGGUCCUGUAGUGAAGCAGUGAUUAUAACUCUGGUAUACCCAAACAUCAGCCGAGACUUGAUGAAGGGUACAAAAUGAAUUGUUUUAAUAGGGCCAAGUGGCCUGUUUAUAUACACAGACCCCCAGCAUGGGUUCUCCAUUCAUUACAACGAUAAGCCCGCCCAGGCAUCUCUGUGUCUGGGAGAUAAGUGAGUUUGCUUUAGCUUAAACAAAUUAUCUUCCAGGCACUAGAGGUACAAAAUAUUACAAAAACACCUAAAAAUAAACAUAAUAUCGGAAGGAACCCCUACAAGUAUUAUAUCCCUGGAUAGUCUGGAUCUGAGUUCCCAAGUUGUCCAAAUAGCGCUCAGAUCCAUAUAUUCUAGCUGAAUAGCCAGCAGGUUAAGUUUUGACCGGCCGUACAUGUGGUCCAAUGCCUAAAAUAGUUCCAGGGCGUUUGGUGCUUUUGACUGUCAACUUUCGGGAGUUCCCAUAAGAAAACAAACUAAGGUUCCUCCUGGCUCGUAGGGGGUAAAUGGUCUUUUUGUUUGGUAGCGUCUGUUCACUGAAAAUCACUCUUCUGGCUUGUCAGGGAACGGAGUAGGUAGUGGUACGAUCUUCCCUGAGGUUUGCAAGGUCAGGUAGCCGAACCAGAGUUCCAUACACUCAACGGCGAAGUAGUGCUGCCUGCGUUCAGCAGACAAAAUGACCAUUCUCUGCAGCACGUAGUUUCGGUUAUACGAAUGGCGGCCACCCAGAAUGAGCACUUAAGUCUGUGGUUACUUUGUAGUUAAAGGGACACUCCGGGCACCCAGACCACUUCUGCCCAUUGGAGUUGUCUAGGUGCCAACUCCCACUACCCUUAACCCUAAAACUGUAAAUAUUGCAGUUUUCAUUAACUGCAAUAUUUACAUUGCAGAGUUAACUCCUCCUCUAGUGGCUGUCUACUAGACAGCCACUAGAGGGCACUUCCGGAUUUAUAGCACAGAUUUUCUGUGCUAUAGUGUCGCUGGACGUCCUCACGCUAUGUGAGGACCUCCAGCGUCGCUGAAAGCCCCAUAGGAAACCAUUGAAAGCAUUAGGUUCCCCCUCCGCCGGCUGCACAUGCGCAAUAGGUCUCCCCCGCCAGAUGACGUCGGCGGUGGAGGAGCGUAGACGGACCUUGAACCAGCCCAGAGGGACAUCGGAGCUGGAUACAGGUAAGUCACUGAAGGGGUUUUAACCCUUUCAGCAACUUGGGAUGGGGGGUGGGAGGGAGAGGGGACCUGCAGUGCCAGGAAAACUAGAGUCCCUUUAACGAGCCGGGGGGUGGUCGGUGUUCAGUAGUUUAUGAAUACCGAACUAGGGAAACUUGGAAAAUUUUCCCAAUAGAUGAGUAAUAGUGAGUUCAUCACACCUACCUAACACAGUAUUAUAUGUGAAUAAAAUGUAAAAUUUUUGGUUAUAAUUUAUUAUUACACAUCCAGUGCAACUAAUUAAAAAUAACUCGUAUAUCAGUCUUGAUGCCCAGUAUUUUUAGCAUCUAAAUACAUUUUGAUAGUUAAAACAAACCUUAUGCUAACUCCUACACUGUGGUGCAAGCAGGGAUUUAACAUUGAUCAUUCUGCGAUCAUAGUAAUAGGCAUUUAAAUGCCUAUUUAAAGAACUGUUUGCAGCACUGGCUUCCAGCACUACAAACCGCUCAUUGAAACACAAAUUGGCUCCAGCAGACAGUGGGGGAGCCCCUGAGAUAAAACAUUCUUAAUUAAAUCUCUCUUUACAGGAAGUGUUUAGGAAAACUAUGCAAGUUAUCUACAGUGAUGUAUGACCCAGGCUAUAAAAAAAAGUGAUUUAAUUCCUAAAUGGCAAAUAAUUUAGCAGUGAGACUGCAGGGGCAUGAAAUAUGCACCAAACUGUUAAAGGAAAACUCCAGUGCCAGGAAAACAAUCCGUUUUCCUGGCACUGCAGGUACUCUCUCCCUCCCACCUCCCAUCCCAGGUAGCUGAAGGAGUGAAAACCCCUUCAGGUCACUUACCUGAGACCCCACCGAUGUCCCUCGGCCGUGGUUUCGGGUCGGCGUCUCUCCUCCCAGUAAUCACGUCAGCCGGUGGGCGAUACUGAUCCUGCUCGCCGGCUGAGGAAACCUAAUGCGCAUGCGCGGCAAUGCCGCGCACGCGCAUUAGGGAAAGCAUUGAAAAAGAUUUUCAAUGCUUUCCUAUGGGGAAUUCAGCGACGCUGGAGGUCCUCGCACAGCGUGAGGACGUCCAGCGACGCUCUAGCAAAGAAAAUCUUUGCUAUGAAUCAGGAAGUGCCCUCUAGUGGCUGUCUACUAGACAGCCACUAGAAGUGGAGUUAACCCUGCAAUGUAAUUAUUGCAGUUUAUAAAAAACUGGAAUAAUUACAAUUGCAGGGUUAAGAGUAGUGGGAGUUGGCACCCAGACCACUCCAAUGGACAGAAGUGGUCUGGGUGCCUGGAGUGUCCCUUUAAUGCCUUUGGUGUCCCUUUAAACUGAUGUGUACAUUUGAAGCAAGCUUUGUUUUGUAGUGCUUUCAUUUAAUAGCAGAACUUUUAAAUACCUCUUUUCUACUUCUAUGCAUUAGUAAAUCUAUUUAUUAUAAGCCUUUGAAAUAUAUGUGAUAGGAGGAGGAGGCACUGCUGUCAGAAAUGGAUGUCACGGGCCAGGCAUUUGAGGAUAUGCAAGAGCAGAACAUCCGGCUGAUGCAACAGCUCAGAGAAAAGGAUGAUGCCAACUUUAAGCUGAUGUCUGAGAGAAUCAAAUCAAACCAGAUCCAUAAACUUUUAAAGGAGGAAAAGGAGGAGUUGGCAGACCAGCUCCUUACUCUUCGCACACAGGUAUGUAUACAAUCCCUUUUUUAAAAAAAUAUAUUUCUUGUAAAUGAUUCCUCAACUCGUUAACUUUCUCUCUUUUAUAUGGUCUAUGCACCUUCUGUAACAAAUUCAGAUUAAUGUUCUAUUAAGUCUUCUCCCUCUGUAGUGCAGUGUUUUGCACUUGUUUUCUCCAUUUUCUGAUACUUGGUGUUACUGCUGCUCUUUUGCACAGGUAGAUGCUCAACUGCAGGUUCUUCGAAAACUUGAAGAAAAGGAACAUUUACUCCAGAGCAGCAUAAAUACAGGAGAGAAGGAACUGACUUUGCGUACACAAGCACUGGAUCUUAGCAAACGGAAGGUAGUAUCUGCUUGCCGCUCACUUUCAUCCUCUUUACAUACUUGUUUUGAAUCUGCCUUUGCUCAUUUUCACAACUUUUUGCAGGCAUCAGAGGCUUCACAGCAAGCAGAGGAGCUGCGCUCACAGAUGGAGGUAUCUCAAAAGAAAUUGCGAGAUUUGAGAGAAGAAAUAAUUGAAAAUAGUGCAAACCGGGAGAAGGAUGCAUUUAACUACAAGAGAGCUCAGGUGAUUUGACUUAUGCAUGGUUUAUUGUCUGCCCCCUUCCUUUUUUCCCCCUCCUGUCUUUCUCACUAUAUAUCUUUAAUGCUCUGUCUGUUACAGGCAAUUUAGAAACCUUUCCACGGUUGGAAAUCUCCAAUCCCUUUAUUAAUUUGGUAGCACUAUAUUUGAUAUAGAUCCUUCCUUUUGAGAAUUGGUAUCUAACGUUUUGCAUAAUGAAAACACUGGAUAUUACCAUUGUAUUAUAAAGAAAUGAUUUUAAUUUUGUUUCAGUAUCCUAAUUAUUCAUAAUCUCUUACAGGCCUCUGGGGUUGUCUGUAGGUAUUUUCAUUUUUUUUAUCUUUGUGUAAGCAUUUGGUUUUCUCAAAUGACAAUAUUUUAGGAGUAUUCAACUUCAUCUGAUAGCUGGCCAGUUUACCUUUACAUGUACUUACACAUAAACCAAUCAGCCAUGACAUUAAAACCAGCCACGACAGGGUAAGUGAAUAAAAUUGAUUAUAUUGUUACAGUGGCACCUGUCAAGGGAUGGGAUAUAUAUUGGGCAACAAGUGUACAGUCAGUUCUUGAAUUUCAUGUUUUGCAAGCAGGAAAAAUGGGCAGUUGAAAAGACCAGAGCGAAUUUGACAAAUAGUGAUGGCUAGACAACUGUGUCAGAACCUCUCCAAAACAGCAAGUCUUGCUUGUGAGGUGUUCCCGGUAUGUAGUGGUUAGUACCUACCAAAAGUGGUGCAAUGAAGGACAACUGGUUAACCGGCGUCAAGAGCAUGGGAGCCCAAGACUCAUUGAUACACGUGGGAAGCGAAGGCUAGACUGUUUGGAUUAGUCACACAGAAGAGCUCUUGUUCUAAUUCCUGAAAAUCCUAGUGUUGGCCAUGACAGAAAGGGGUCAGAACACACUGUGCAUCGCAGUUUGCGGUGUAUGGGUUUCAUAGACAUAUACCGGUCAGAGUGCCCAUAAUGACCCUGUUCGCUGAAAGUGCCUUCAAUGGGGAUGUGAGCAUCUGACCUACACCAUGCAGUAAUGGAAGAAAGUUGUAUGGUCUGAUAAAUCACAUUUUCUUUUAGAUCAGGUGGAUGGCCAGGUGCACAGUUUACCUGGGGAAGAAAUGGCAGCAGUAAGCACUAUGGGAUGAUGACAGGCUGGCAAAGGCAGUGUUAUGCUCUGGGCAAUGUUCUGGUGGGAAGUCUUGGGUCCUGACAUUCAUGUGGAUGUUACUUUGCCACGUACCACCUACCUAGAGAUUGUUGCAGACCAUGUACACCCCUUCAUGGCAAUGGUGUUCCCUUAUGGCAAUGACUUUUUUUAGGAGAAAAAAUGCACCCUGCCACACUGCAAACAUUGUUCAGGAAUAGUUUGAGGAACAUGAUAAAGAGUUAAAGGUGUUGCUAUGGCCUACAAAUACACCAGAUCUCAAUCCAAUUGUGCAUCUGUGAAAUGUGCUGGAACAACAAAUCUGAUCCAUGGAGGUCCCAACUUACAACUAGCAGGACUUAAAAAAUCUUGCCGAGUCCAUGGUUCCACACAUCAGAACUGUUUGGGCAGCACAAGUGGGAUCUACACAAUGUUAGGCAGGUGGUUUUAAUAUUGUGACUGAUCAGUGAAUGGCGCUUAGUGUUGUUUUUUUGUAUGUUCUGUCUUAGGUAACCUGUUGCUAUCACAUAUCUCCCAUGAUUUUGCCAAAGUGAGUCAUGUGACCCUUUCAGGAACACCUUUUCUCAAUGUUCAGGGGUUACCUAUAUUCUGGAGUGUUUGUUUUUUUGUUUUUUGUUUUUUUUUAUAUGUAAUUCAUUGCAUUGCUUGCCUUGUUGGUAUGUCAAAUGACUUGAGAGAGAAAACCUACCUACAACUGAAAUAGUAGAAAGUUGUUUAUUAAGAUGGCAUAGGUUUUUUUUCUCUCAUCUAGUAUAUUUACGAUCCAUAAUCUGAUCAGCCUAUGUCAUGCUUUUAUUCAACCUUUCCUAGAAACUACAAAUUUGUGCUAAUGUAUGCUCUACAUAUUUUCACUGAUGUUUUGUUAAAUGCAAUAGUAAAAUAAGGAAGAGUUGAACACCUCUAGCUUUCGGCAGAGCAGUCUGUUAUAUACCAACCAUUACUAAAUGAGUCAUACCUUGGAUAAACCUAUAGCUUAGUUUUAUCAUUUUAAUUUAUGUACCAAUUUCAAUCUUAUUUUAUAUACAAUGAAUUAAAAAUAUAUCACUUACUGCACAUUGAUUGAAAUGUUUAACAAAGAUUGCUUGCAAGCAAGAUAGCAUUGUAAUAAACAAGACAAGGUCAGUGUUACAGAAGUCAUUUUCAAUGUUUAACUAUCGAAGGUCAGUAUCCCGUAAAUGAUGGUUAAACUAUCCAGUGUUUAGGUCAUGGGAAAAAAGACAAAACAGAUGUUACUCGUAGUAAGAGUCACAUACAUUAUCGAGGUCAAAACCAACCAAAGAAUUACUACAAUUUUGGAACCACAAAAAGGUGCCUAAUUGUAAUAGAGUACUUAAAUGUUUCAGCCGGAACGGCACCCCAACCAAUCACAGGUAACAACCUGGACUCUGUCUAGUAAUUGCAUAUUGGACUGUAACAACAUGAAAAUUUUACCGGUUUUAAACUUGGAAAGUUGAAAUUGUAGCACAACCCUCUGUUAUAGUUACUGAUGGCAAGAAAGAGCAUGUCCUCCUCAGACAUUCAGAAUCUGUGAAUUGCAAAGUAGCACUCAGCCUUCCACUGUGCUGCAAAGCAAGUAUUUAACAUAGGAACAUAGAAUGUGAAGGCAGAUGAGAACCAUUCGCCCAAUCUAGUCUGCCCAAAUUUCUAAAUACUCUCAUUAGUCCCUGGCCUUAUCUUAUAGCUAGGAUAGCCUUAUGCCUAUCCCACGCAUGCCUAAAUUCCUUCAUUGUGUUAACCUCUACCACUUCAGCUGGAAGGCUAUUCCAUGAAUCCACUACCCUCUCAGUAAAGUAAUACUUCCUGAUAUUAUUUAUAUACCUGUGUCCUCUUGUUGUGGUAGUUUUUCUUCUUCUUUUUUUUUAUUUUAAAUUCUUUAUUUUUGUUCGUGCAUAGAAUGACAAUUAGGUCUGUUACGCCACAACAGCGGUAAGAGACCGAUAUACAACAGCUGGUAUCAUGGCAUAGGAAAUACUGUGCACAAUUAUUUGUUUUUACGGUUAGAUACAUGUUGGAACAAGAUGCAGUUAUGAUUAAGUUUGCUUAGAGGUUAAUAAGGUUACACUGUGUAGUCUAACAUUGGAACAGCUAAAAAUAAUUAUAUAACAUUCUAAGAUUAAUGCAUAUUGUCUUUUAUACAUAACACAGCCGUAGUGGUGAGAGAUGUAUGCACUGUGUGUUUAUGGUGGGUUAUCGGAGGCUGGGUUGUAUUAGUGCAGGUAGGGUGGUGUGUUCUUCUGAGCGGGACUGUUAUAGGUUAUGUCUAUGUGUUUAGUUGUGUCUACCGUGUGAUUACAUUGCUUGGGGGUGCGUGUAAUGUCUGCCAGUUGGUAGGUUAAGAGGGACCUUCAUGGUCAUGUGCGCGGAGGUCAGCGCUCUCAAGUUGGGAGCCAGAUAGAGGCUAAAUGUCAGCUCCUGGUUACUGGGCGGGUAUGUUAGUUUGGGGCGCCUGUGUGGCGUCAGGAAUGCGAAGGGUUAGCUCGGCAUCUUCCCAGUGAGACCACCCAUAGUGGGUCCUAGUGUUAUCGGGUGAUGUGCAUACCGGUAUGUUGGUGGGUAAAGGAGUGCGGCCAUCCGCAAAGCAGGGUGUUAGCUCACCCGGGAGCAGCUGUCCAAGGUGAGUUCAUUAUGUUAGGGUAGAGUCCCGGCAAGGUAAGUUAUAGUCCUGAUAUUUCAAUAUUGUCAGGUGGUGGCUGCUUCUUUAGGUGCACUGGUGUGUCUUCUAGGGAUGAAUUGUGCAGUGCCGGCCAUGCUCCAAGAAGUGGGUUCUUCCCCGCGUCGUGGCCUGGAGCUCCAGUUUUUCUUCUUUUAAAUAUAGUCUCCUUCUUUACUGUGGUGAUUCCCUUUAUGUAUUUAAAUGUUUUUAUCACAUCCCCUGCUGUCUCAUCUUUCUUACAUCUUAUACAUGCUAAGAUUCUUUAACCUUUCCUGGUUAGUUUUAUCCUGUAAUACAUGAACCAGUUUAGUAGCCCUUCUCUGAACUCUCUCUAAAGUAUCAAUAUCCUUCUGGAGAUACGGUCUCCAGUACUGCUUACAAUUCUCCAAGAGAGAUCUCAGCAAUGUUCUAUACAGUGGCAUGAGCACUUCCCUCUUUCUAAUACCUCUCCCUAUUUAACUGCACUUGUUGCUGAAAAAUGUCUAAUUAAACUUUAAAAUCUUUAAUGCAGUAAUUUGUAUUCAAUUUAUUAAAUGAGUGCCUUCUUUGCUAUCAGUUUUAUUUCCCAUUCAUCUUUUAUCACUUUUUCAUUAUUUUUAUGCUUUUUGUUUGUUUUUAUGUAUAUAUAGGAGGACAUAUCUCGUCUGCGGAAGAAAUUGGAAUCCACUAAAAAACCUGAUUUGGUGCCAACAUGUGAUAAAAUUCUUAUGGAAGAAAUCAAAGAAUAUAAGGUAUAAUUAUCUCUAGUUACAGGUCUAAUGUACCCAUUAUACAUUUUACAUCCAAAUCUAUCAUGUUCUUGCAUGUGCAAUGGUGCCAAAAUUGUGUCGCAUUUGUGCAUGUAAAAAAACAAGCCUCAGACACAGAAGAAAACAUUCAUUCAUUUACUACUGGAGAGAAAAGUGGGGUGUCCAGUUAUACUAGACUACAUACAAAAUGUGCACGUGCUUCUCAAAAAGAGGAACUGUCGUGUUUUCAAUUUAAAAAAAUUCUAAUGGUUACCGGUUGUACUAAAAUCUUUUUUUAAUACUCCUCAUAGUAUCUUUUAUUGGCAUUUACCUACUUUGCCAGGCAAGUUUGUUAACUCUUGCAGAACCAUAUAGAUGGCACAUACGCGAGUGCACCAUUGCUGGAGAAAAUGCAGAGUGCAUGCCUAGGUGCAGCAUUUUCUCCUUUAUAUGUUGUAGUGCGCAUGCAUGCUCCCAAAGCAUUAUGGGGUGGUAAAGUUGCUGUAAUGCUGAAGUGCAGCAGAGGUUAAGAACAUUUUUUAAAUUAACGGUGGAAUAGAGUUUACCGGCGUGAAGGAAGAGGGAGCUAUAAUCUCUCUGGAAGUGAUAGUUCCUCUUUAAAACAAGGGUAAUUAUCAAAGAGGAGAAACAGUUGUAUAGAAAUCUAGGUUGCAAAAGACUAAAGUUCAACCUUAAAACCCAUUCUGUUGAUACAAAAGAAGGCAAAAACAAAGCAUCCAGGCCUUUAAAAAAAAAAUAUCUAGAGAAUCUGAUAAAAUAACCUAUUUAGACAGAAAAUUUCACAUCUUUAUUGUUCUUCUCUGAACUCUGCUGUAAGUGAAAACUCCUUUCCAUCAGUCUCAAUGGGUGACAUCUUUUCAGUUGUGUAUUCCUGCUAACAAACAGAUUAGCACAUAGUAGUUUAUACUGAACCUGUAUAUAUUUGUAUAAUGCCAUCGUAUUCCCUCUGAGGCGCAUUUAUUUUCCAAAGAAAACAAAUGCAGUUUUUCUAGCCUUCCUUCGUCUUUUUUAUCCCCCUUAUUAAUUUUGUAGCUCUUCUCUGCACUUUUUCUAGUUCUUCUUUAAAACUGAUGACCAAAAUUGCACUGCAUAUUCAAGGGGGGUUUUUACUAUUGCUUUAUAAAGAGACCAAACUUUAGUUUGAUCAAGUAAAUCAAUAACCCUUUUUAUACAUGAAACCACCUUACUAGUUUUUGCAAUGGCUGACCGUCAUUGCAUACCGUUGCCUAGUUUAUCUAUAAUUUUUAUUUAAUGUUAUCUCUAACGCAGCCUCAUUUAACUCUAUAGGGUCAAUGACACAAACAUGCAUUCCUGACCCUAUAUAGUUAAAAACACCCCUUGCGUCCCUAAAUAUAGUAAAAUCUUACGUUCAUUCCAGUUUGCUGCUGCUGACUCUGGCCCAGAUCUUCCUGCUUGGCUGACAUCUUCAGGAGUGGUGAUCUGAGCCAAUCACAAUGCUUUUACAUAGGAACGCAUUGGAUUGGCUGUGCUUGUCAAUGAGGCAACUUAGGCCAAACACAGCCCUGUCCAAUCAGCAUGUCCUCAUACAUUGAAUCACUGCAUCUCUAUGAGGAAUGUUCAGUGUCUGCAUGCAGAGGAUGGAGACACUGAAUGGGUGGAGGUACUGCACAGUGUACAACACGGCUACUAGCACCUCUAGUAGCCAUCUGAGGAAUGGCCAGUGGAGGUAUCCCUAAGCUGUAAUGUAAACAUUCCACUAACUCUGAAAAGACCAUGUUUAUUGCAAAAUGCCUGAAGGGAAUGAUUAUACUCACUAGAACUAAUACAAUAAGCUGUAGUUCUGGUGACUAUAAUGUCCUUUUAAUGUAUAAGUGGCCUGUGGGUUCCUUAUUCCAAAAUGCAUCUCUGUAGUGAAGUUAUAUCAUGUUCAGACUGCAGAUGACCUAAAACUUUGUAAAAUUAUAGAAACACUUACAAAUGACUUUCAAUUCCAUCUUCAAGAUCAUUUAUAAACUGAUUAAAGGGAAGUUGAUCCAUGACAGACCUCUGAUGCACUCUACUCACUACAUUUGUCCAAUUAGAAAAUGUUCCCUGUACAAAUAUUAUCUGCACUCUAUCUUUAAUACAAAAACACGAUUUUUCACCUAAACCAACUGAUUUCAGUUUUAAUAGUAACUUUUUGUGUAAAAUUGAGCAAUGAGACUGCAGCGGGCAUGAUCUAUACACCAAAACAGCUUCAUUAAGCUUAAGAGGAUUUUUUUUUUUUUUUGUUUUAGCAUCACUUUGAAAUUGUUUUUUUUUUGUUUAUAAAAAAAUUGCAUAAUUUAAAGAGAUCACGCACAUCUCUUUAAAAUUAAACUGUUAUGUUAUUUUUCAAGCUUGAGGUUUCAACUUUAUAUUGUGCUAGCAGUUUUGCUAGCACAUGUAUAGAUUUGGGAGAAAAAAAACGAUUUACAAAUAUUUUUUUUUCUCCCAUCUAAAUCUCAAUUCCUCGACAGACGUUCAAUGUUGAGGAAUGAAGAGACAGGGAGAGCAGAAGAGACCCACUGCUCUCCACCCAUUGCAAUCACGGAGCAUGGUGGGCCGGUGGUGGGUAUUACAGAGUGUAACAUCCACCUUUGUAAGGAGAUCGUGGCCUGUAUAACCACCUAGAAACAUUUUACAUAUUUGGACAUAAGGAUAUCGGAUAAAUACUAAACAUUUGUACAAAUAUUUUUUUACACUCUCAGAAUUUCUCAGAUCCGAUCAAAGGGACUUGGUUGUGUAAUCUCUCACACAUUCAUUUAAAAAUUUUACGCACUCUGUUGUAAUGUUAAUCAAAUGUCAUUUUGUUUGUAAUUUGCCAUUUCUAUUCCACCCACCUUUUCUUUAUAUCCUAGCCCCCCAAAUGUUUUUUCCUAUGAUUUGCUUCCUCUACGUUUAUUACUUUUUAACCUGGUUCUCUUGCAAAUCUCAUGUUUCGUGUACUUCAUUUCCUGUGCUAAAAUUUUCCACUCAAUAUUACAGACCAGACUCACUUGUCCAUGCUGCAAUUCAAGGAAGAUGGAUGUUGUCCUCACCAAGUGUUUCCAUGUAUUCUGCUUCGAAUGUGUGAAGACACGCUAUGACACAAGGCAGCGCAAGUGCCCCAAGUGUAAUGCAGCUUUCGGAGCCAACGACUUCCAUCGUAUCUACAUUGGUUGAAUUGUACAAUACAUUACAAUGCCUCAGCAGCUCCCUGCUUGCAUAGACAUUAUAGACCUACCCGCAUGUGUAACUGCCCUACUCUACAUGGACACAUUGCGCUGCAGGAAUAGCAUCCUCGUAUAGUCCCCUAACAAACCUCUCCUAGAAAAGUGUGAAGCUUAAUGUACUCUACAAAUUCUCAUUUCUCAAAAAAAAUUCUUCUUUUAUACUACUACAUCGAGAAAUGAAAUUGGGCUGAUUGUUGUUUCUUGUGACAUAAGCUGUAAUUAAAUUAUUUUCCUUGAAAAUCGUUUACUCGUGAAUACUGAACAGUAUGUGAAUUUAUUAAUGCUUCUAUUUUUAAAGCAAAAUAUUUGUUUAAAUAUAAGCAGUACAUUGAGGGUUAACAGGAA